UGGUUGCUAGGUGGGGUCACUCGUGCAGUGCUAUAAAAGCAUCGCAAGCCCUCUGCUCUUGUACUCCUGACUUGUGCUGCCCUGAAAGGUAGUGUUUGUGAGGAAGAAGAAACUUUGUCAAACAUGGCUAUGGUAUCAGAAUUUCUGAAACAGGCAUGGUUCAUGGAACAUCAGGAACAGGAAUAUAUUAAAAGUGUAAAAGGAGGCCCUGUAGUACCACAACAACAGCCUAACUUUGAUCCAUCAGCUGAUGUUGUUGCUUUGGAGAAAGCUAUGACUGCAAAGGGUGUGGAUGAAGCCACCAUCAUUGACAUAAUGACUAAAAGAACAAAUGCUCAGCGUCAGCAGAUCAAAGCUGCCUAUCAGAAGGCUAAAGGAAAGAGUCUGGAAGAAGCCAUGAAACGAGUUCUGAAAAGCCACCUGGAAGACGUUGUUGUGGCUCUGCUCAAAACUCCCGCUCAGUUUGACGCUGAAGAAUUAAGAGCCUGUAUGAAGGGGCUUGGAACUGAUGAAGAUACCUUAAUUGAGAUUCUGGCCUCAAGAAGCAACAAAGAGAUCAGAGAAGCCAGCAGAUACUAUAAAGAAGUGCUGAAGAGAGAUCUGACACAAGACAUUAUCUCUGACACAUCGGGGGACUUUCAGAAGGCUUUGGUUGUUCUAGCCAAGGGUGACCGAUGUGAAGAUCCUCAUGUGAAUGAUGAUCUUGCUGACAAUGACGCCAGGGCCUUGUAUGAAGCAGGAGAGCAAAAGAAAGGGACAGAUGUUAAUGUGUUUGUUACUGUUCUUACUGCAAGAAGUUACCCACAUCUCCGAAGGGUCUUUCAGAAGUACACCAAAUACAGCAAGCAUGACAUGAACAAGGUAGUGGAUAUGGAGUUGAAGGGUGAUAUUGAGAAAUGCCUGACUGCCCUUGUGAAGUGUGCCACAAGCAAACCAGCUUUCUUUGCUGAAAAACUCCACUUGGCGAUGAAGGGCUUUGGGACACGGCACAAAGACCUCAUCAGAAUCAUGGUUUCACGCCAUGAAGUGGAUAUGAAUGAGAUCAAAUGCUAUUACAAGAAGAUGUAUGGCAUUUCUCUCUGCCAAGCCAUUAUGGAUGAACUCAAAGGGGAUUAUGAAACAAUCCUGGUGGCUUUAUGUGGAAGCGAUAACUAAGGUUCCUGUUCCUGCAAUGCACUCAAGCUCUGUUGAUGAAAUUCUUUAUAUUUACCUCAACUCACCCUUUGAAAUACAGGCUUUACACAGUGAGGUUUCUCUGGAAUGGUCCUUAGUCCAUAUGUGUUAUGUUGAAAACUUGUAACCUGUAGUGUAUUUUUUUCAGUGUCUUUAUAUGGAAUGACAUUAGUAUAUCUUUUUGUCAUUAUUUAUCCGAAGUCAAAGAAUGGCCCCAAGUUUCUAUAUGAUUGAUUAAUUAUGAGAAAAGUAAAAUUUUGCUCUAUGCAAAGUAAAUAAAAUUUUAAAAAUGCAAUUAA